UGGGAUGGGAUGGGGCGGGGGCGCAAGGCGCGUGCCGAGCGGAAGACGCCGCGGUCGGUUAGAGCGCCGCUCAACGAAGCGCCGUAGGGGAAAGCGAGCGCAGCGGACUCAGUCCCGGCAUGGGCUGAGGCGGGCGACCUACGGGGCGGGCGGGCGUAGCAGAGCUGCCUGAGGCACGGCCGGACUGCUGGGUAACGGGAGGUCCGGCUGGAGCAGGCACGGCAAAGCGGGCAAGACUGGUCGGGGGAGCCGCGCAUAGGGGCGGGGGGCGCGCUUGUGCCACCUGCCUGAGCACUUGGUGCCGGGGUCCGGGAAAGAGGGCUCCCCCUCCGUCUCGCUCGGCUAGGCUCCGCCUCCGCGCUGGGCGCCAUGGCGCCGCCAGCUCCCCCGCGACCCACCUUGCACCGCGACCUGCCCGUCGACCGAUUCGGCGCGGUGGACACCUCCAUUUUCGCAGCCAUGCUAUUAAUCUCUUCAGCCAUCGGCAUUUACUCGGCUUACCGGGGCGCUCACCGAACUUACAAGGACUUUCUGAUGGCCGGCCGGGGACUCAGGUGUGGGCCCGUCGCGGUGUCUCUGGCGGCCAGCUUCAUGUCUGCCGUGACAGUGCUGGGGACCCCGGCCGAGAUCUACAUCUUUGGGGUCAAGUUCGGUCUCUUUGCUUUGCCCUAUGUCUUAAUGGUGGUGAUCAGCGCUGAAGUGUUCCUACCUGUCUACUACCGGUUGGGGAUCAGCAGCGUCUACGAGUAUUUGGAGCUUCGAUAUAAUAAAUAUAUGCGUCUGAUUGGAACAGUGAUAUUUGUGGGACUAACGAUAUUUUACACUGGAAUGGUUAUAUAUUCUCCAUCUCUAGCUUUGAGUCAAGGGCGGCAGUUUUACCACUGCACCACCAGGAGUUCAUCACCACUCAGGUGCUGCAAUACCUUGGACCAUGCUGUUACAGGAAUUGAAUUGUGGGGAUCUGUUUUUGCAACAGGAGUAGUUUGUAUUUUCUAUUGCACACUGGGAGGUUUUUGGGCAGUAAUCUGGACAGAUGUUUUCCAGUUUGUACUGACAACAUCUGGGCUUCUAACGUUGAUUAUACAGGCUUUGAUAAUUAAAGGAGGACUUAAAAAUAUUCUAUAUGAUGCUCAAAAUGGAGGAAGACUGGAACUCUGGGACUUUAACCCAGACCCUUUGCAAAGGCAUACUUUCUGGACAGUCACAAUUGGUGGCACUUUUACCUGGCUUACAGUGUAUGGAAUAAAUCAGUGUCAAGUUCAGCGAUACCUUGCUUGCAAAACACAAGUUCAUGCAAAACUCUCUCUGUAUAUAAAUCUUUUAGCACUCUGGUUAAUUCUCUGUUGUGUAGUGUUGUGUGGACUCUCCAUGUACUCUAUAUACAAGGAUUGCGACCCAUGGACUGCACAGAUUGUGAAAGUACCAGAUCAGCUCAUGCCAUAUUUGGUAUUGGACAUAUUGGGUGAUUUUCCAGGAAUUACAGGACUUUUUGUGGCUGGGACCUACAGUGCAACAUUAAGUACAGUGUCUUCUAGCAUCAAUUCGUUAGCUGCUGUAACUGUAGAGGACUUCAUUAUACCAUAUUUGUCACCAAAGUCUGAAGGACACCUAUCAGCUAUUUCCAUGGGACUGAAUCUGUUGUUUGGUGCAGUAUGCCUUUCCAUGGCUGCAGUGGCAUCUGUUGUGAGCAGCUUGUUACAGGCUUCACUCAGUGUUUUUGGACUGUUUGGUGGACCUCUUUUGGGAGUAUUUUCCAUGGGUAUGUUUUUGCCUUUUGCAAAUACUAAGGGUGCAUUUUCAGGUUUUGUUUGUGGAAUCAUUGUUUCAUCAUGGGUUGGAAUUGGUUCUCUGAUAUAUCCUCCAUCUGCUCACAGAACUAAGCCAUUACACCUUUCAACAGCAGACUGUCAUCAAUCCAAUUGGACUGUGGUCACUACUACUGCAAAACCUCCAACUCCCCCAAGACCUUAUUUUGAAGAUCAUUGGUACUCCCUCUCAUAUCUAUAUUUCAGCACCUUAGGAACUUUGGUCACGUUUAUUGUGGGAACUCUUGUGAGCCUGUCAACAGGAGGAUUAAAGCAACAUGUCGACCGCACACUUCUUUUUGGGAAGGAGGAUUUUAUGGCUGACUUUGUUUACUUGAAAUCUAUAGCUGUAAUGCUAUAUGAAAGAAUUCGCAGCCCAGCACAGCAUGAAGAUCCCCAAUAAGGCUGGUUGAGCAAGAAGCUACCUUCACUGCUGUAGGAGGUGCUCCACUUAGGAAGAUGACAUAGAAAAGAAAAGCAUUCCUAGAAAAAAAAUAUCAGUACUUAAACUGCACUGAAUGAGUGGUGUAUGAAUUCCAGAAGUGUUUGGUUUUUAUUAUUUGAAAUUUAAAAUUGAGAAACCUGUCUGGUUUUUCAACAAACUAAUUUUGAAACCGUAGUCAGUUUGGUAACCAAAAUGUAAGUAGACCUGGGAAAGUUAUCCCCUGUCCUACUUACAUAUAAAUUAGCAUUUAUGGUAAAGCAGCAAGCCAAUACAAAUAGACUAUAAACCAAUAUUAAAAGUUAAUCUAUUUUAGAUACACAUUCCUUAUUUGCUGAAUAACCUUAAAUGUGAUUUUGUUUGACUGUCUGGCACUUCUGUAUAGAAGAACCUGUGAAUAAAAAUGAUAAAUGUUCUAAAUUGUGUAAAUACCAAAAUACUAAUGAUUGUUGCUCAAUAAUAAAAUAUAACAUAAUCCAAAA